ACAUCCACUGUCACUCUUACCAUACCUGAGCGCCCCGCGCCGCAAGAAUGAAGGGUGUAGCUACUUUGCGACGAUAGUAUACCGAUGUCCUCGGGUUUCAUUGCAACGAAUUUGCCUUGGAAGCGUUGAUUUGCUGUUGGGUUUUUUUCGUUCGAUCACCCAACCAUGGUGCUCUCAAAAGAAUCCUAGUCGACAUCGACAAACCUUAAUCAAUCAUAUCUUAUGCAGUAAUCCCUCUCUUAUAAAACUAGGGGACAGGUUACUCCUGCACCAAGCUUAGGACCUUAAUGCCUUUUGUGCAAUCAUCAAUGAUCGGACUGAAUCGAGAGCACACUAUAUUCCCAUGAAUGGACACAUGAUGCUAUAACUCCUAUGGCUGCGUACAAAGAGCAAGUGAAGGUUACAUUGCCACGAUUGCGGGCUUCUCAUGUGAUAACGCAUCGCAUGGGACCUCAACCCUUUUGGGCACCGUUCCACGGUGGCUUAUGUUACAUGGACGGUCCAAGCAGUUCAGUUCAGCAUCUCCGACACACGAUUCGGAGCAAUAAAUAAAGUACCGAAGUGAUGAUCUCUUUGUUGCUGCGGGUCCCUGUGCCAGGAUAAUGGCCGCUACCCUUUUUGAUUUCGCAGGAAUCUAGCUGGGAAAGACAGGAAAUUGUUGUGGUCAAGUGUCAAUCAAACCUGGAUGUUGGAAAUGCACGGGGACGUGUUCAUUCUCAGCCUUUCAGCUUGAUUCCCGAACACCCCAUUCUGAAAUCAAUCUCAGGGGCUUGAUGAUGAGCCAGAGGAUCUGUAUUUGAAAUCAGGCCCAUCUCUCGAUUUUCAAUUAAGAGGCUGGGCAAGUUUUACGCAUGCUGGCAAUGUAUUGCCUAUAGCUGUAAUGUCGAGAAUCCUAUUUUCUAUUCACUGCCAACAACAACUAAAUCAAUACCUCCAAUUCUUGUCCGCUUAUUGUAUUUACGUAUAUG